CGAGGGGAUUGCGCGUGUCCGCAUUAGGGUUUGUCGAUGGUGCAGGGGUUUGGGGGUGGCCGUCGCAGCUUGUGUUACUGCGCGGUGUUCAGGGGCGGAGGCACAUUUCUUUGUGGGAGCACUGCGUCGAAGGAGAGAUCGACCAAUACGUGGCUUGGCACUGUCGGAGGUUGCGGAGUUUUAGUUCGUCGUACGGUUCACAGUGGUUGCUGCAUUAGGGUAUGCGUUAGGGUAUGUAUUAGGUUUUGAGGGGCUUGCGUAUUGCGUUGCGUGGCUUUCGGUGUUCCCACGCGUAUCCUGAUUGUUGAGAUACCUCACUUCCCCCUUAGUCUUCAGUGUGGGAUAGCCUCAAACCAUUGAUUUAGUGCCCCCCUGUAACCGUUUUAGUUUAUUUCUCCUCUAGGUGUCCUGUCGGGCUGUAGUGUCAAGCCCCCGUGGUUUGAGGAGCAUUAGCGUUGUGUGGAAGGUUAUUACAUGCCUGCACGACUGAUUCGUUUCCUGUGCCGGAGAGAGGGUCCAGUCUGACUUGAAUGGAAGUCGCGAAGUGCCAUUUGGUGGAGAGCACUUGAGCCGCUCGAGUUUUUGUUGUAUUCUUCAACGCCUGGUGCAUGUGUAUUUGAGAAGCGGCGCUGUACGAGUCGCGGUGGAUUAUUUGCGGACAAUCUGAACGAUGAGAUCGGAUGUAGUAGGAUCCAGUUGAUUGACAAUUAACAUACUCAACCUCGCGCGCAUAUUCUAAGAGGGUUACAAUCAGUGAAGAUGCCGGGUCUAGAGGACCGGCUGUAUCUCACUUAUUUUCCUGCUGAUAUUCCAGAGGUUUUACCUGAAUACGUUGCUUCGAAUAGCAAAUGCUUUCCUCGGUUGGGCCUGGAACCUGCAGGGAUAUGCUUCCAUGAGGCAGCAAAGCGUGCUCGUGGUGUGACUAGGGACCCUGUGGAGGCUGAGGCGGUGCCCGAGAAGAAGGAGAAGGGUGGGGAGUCUCCCUCCGUAGAUUCUUAUCAAUUCAAGGGUAAGAAGAAGUCUGGUGACGGGGCAGAGACUCAGGACCAUUAUGCCCUAAUAGGUUUGAGCCACCUGAGAUUUCUAGCCACAGAAGACCAGAUUAGGAAGAGCUACAGAGAGACUGCUUUGAAAUAUCACCCCGACAAACAAGCUGCUCUGCUGUUGGCGGAAGGCACAGAGGAGAAGAAAGAGAUCAAAAAGGAGGAGAUCGAUCGGCACUUCAAGGCGAUACAAUUUGCAUACGAGGUCCUUAUAGACCCCGUGAAGCGACGAGCCUACGAUUCUAUUGACGAGUUUGAUGACGAAAUUCCUAGUGAUUGUGCUCCUGGAGAGUUUUUCAAGGUAUUCGGACCCGUGUUUGCUCGGAAUGGUCGGUGGUCUACGGUCCAGCCGAUUCCCUCCCUAGGCGACAAUGACACUGAUAUUGGCACCGUAGAUAGUUUCUACGAUUUCUGGUGGAGCUUCAAGAGUUGGAGAGAGUUCCCUCAUGCCGAUGAAUUCGAUUUGGAGCAAGCAGAGAGUCGCGAGCACAAGAGGUGGAUGGAGAGGCAGAACGCCAAGUUCCGAGAGAAGGCGAAGAAAGAGGAAUAUGCUCGCAUUAGGUUGAUGACCGAGAAUGCAUAUAAGAAGGACCCCCGGAUUGCACGGAGGAAGGAGGAGGAGAAGGCCGAGAAACUGCGAAAGAAACAGGCGAAGUUUCAGGCGAAGCGUGAGAAGGAAGAGGAGGCAGCUCGAGCCCUAGAGGAAGAGAGGCUGCGGAAAGAGGAGGAAGAUAGAAAAGCUGCGGAGGAAGCUUCAGCUCAGAAGAAGUUGAAGGAGAAGGAGAAGAAGCUUUUAAGAAAGGAGAAAGCUAGGUUACGGGCCGUGGCAGCAGCCGUGGUAGCGAAGAAGGAGAGCGGGGUUUCCGAAGACGACGUGGAGAACUUUUGCACUUCGUUGGAGAUUUCUCUUUUGAGAGGGCUGUGCGAAAAGUUGGAGGGCAUGAAAGAGGUGAACGAACAGACUGAAUACUUAAGAAAUGUGAUGAGCGGAGCAGAGGUCAUCGUUUCGUCGGAUUCAGCUGCCGCUGGGACUCCCAUUCGACUGAAUUCGAGCCCAGUUAUUUCCGUUGUGGAUGCAGCUACACCAACUGUGAACGAUAAGAUUGCCUCGGAUGUAGUUGCAGAGAAGGGCAAGCAAACUACCAGACCUGUUGUUGAAGAAAGACCCUGGUCGAAGCAAGAAGUAGACCUGUUGAGGAAAGCUGUACAGAAGUUUCCGAAGGGAACUUCGCAGCGCUGGGAAGUUGUUUCAAAUUACAUCGGCACAAAUCGAUCUGUGGAAGAAAUUCUGAGAGGCGUGAAGACCGUACUUUUACAGAAGCCAGACUCUUCAAAAGUUUUCGACUCGUUCUUGCAGAAAAGGAAGGUAAAAAAUGUGGUGAUAGAUUCACCUCUUUCGACGAGGGAGGACGGAGUUAGCGGUGAGUUGAGUAGUACGAAGGUAGUUGACAACGGUACAGUUAACACAGAGAAAAAACAGGAAAGCGGUGCUAAGCAGACAAUGUCAGCAGGUCAGUCCGCGAUCGAGAAGAGUAGUCAGAACGGAGGACAGCCGAAAGGAGAUUCUCUGAAGCCUGCUCAAAGCAACGGAGCAGUUGCAAAUGGAGCCGCUACGGAAGGAGAGGGAUGGUCGGAGGGUCAAGAAGUGGCACUGGUGAAGGCCAUUAAGGCAUUUCCAAAGGAUACCGCCAACAGAUGGGACAGAAUCGCAACCGCCGUUCCCGGAAAGAGCAAGGCCCAGUGCUUCAAGAAAUUUGCGGAGUUGAGGGACAGCUUCAGGAGCACUAAGAAGGCGGAUUGAUGAUGCACGCUGAUAGUAAUAUGGUGCGCUGCACCCCCAUGAGCUAUAGAGGGCUUCUCGUAGAGUGAUUUUUUCGAACAUUUGAAAGGAUCCGUAGCGGCCACAUCAAUGAAGACGAAUAGACCAGGUUGGUGAUGGCUCGCUGUGCAAUCAUUUUUUUUUAUAGAUUUUUAGCUUAGAUUAUACGAUGGAAACGGUCAUACUCUUGAAAGGAAGAGGAUAUACUCGCCUCUAGUAGUAAUGGGUGGGUAAACUAAAUGUAGUGGAUGUUGUGAACCGGAGCAGUGGAUUGAAAUAUGAUGAUUUUGUUAGGUGGCAGAUUAACUUCCAUUUGAUCCGGAUCGAAUUGCCGAGAGCUUACUGAAGUAGUGGUCAUGAGAUAUAUUCUAUCCACAUAAUACGACAUCAGACCCUAGCCUAGGUGAAAUGGGCAGGUUGAUUUAUGUUAUGAGAUUCGAUGUCAGACUGACUUUUAUGUGCAUCAUAACAUUUAAGUGCAUCAUUGUCGAGAUCAUACCUGGUUUAUUGGUGAACUUAAAAGAACAGGGACUUAGUGUAGCAUUACAGCGUUCAGCUUUGAGGGCAUGGGUAUUCCGGAGGAGGUCGAUUAGGGAUUUUGAGAUUCGAGAAUGGAUAUGCUAGCGAAGAGAACUGAUAGGCCUAUGUACAGUGGUUCGUGAAUUAGUUACCUUUUAUA